AUGGAAGGGUUCCAGGGAUGUACUGUGAGGGAGCUUCGGAUCCUGCUUCAGCAGUCCAGUCACAGCUUUAUUGGCACUCGAUGCAUCAAAUGUGCUUACGUCUUGGCAUUGAUUACAGUUCGUAGUGAGACUGAGCCAAAGGUAUGUAUCUCCUUCAUGAUGCCUUAUUCUACACCUGGAGCUUCAGCUGCUAAUGGUGGUAGUGCAGAAAAAUCAAGGCAACAAAAUAUCUCCCAGCCAUCUUCCUCAUCUCCUAUGGAACCAAUCAAGCAGUCCCAAGAUAUUCCAGGUGAGGUAUUGAGACAU